GAGAAUGCAGGGUCAGCGCCUCAUCUCCUCACUUAUCGUCUUCAACUCACAUUACCUAGCCGUAAACUUCCUCUGCCGCCGCCAUGGCUUCUCACGACCACGACCACGACCACCACCACCACCACCACGACGAAGGCGAGGACCAUCAUCACCAUCAUUACCAUGAGGCUGGGACCGUCGCCGCCUCGUCGUCGUUCGUCGGUCAGGACGGAAGGGUGUACCAUUCCCACGACGGCCUGGCGCCCCACUCGCACGAACCCAUCUACUCCCCAGGGUUCUUCAGCAAGCGCGCGCCACCCAUUGUAGAUAGGGACUUUAAGGAGCGAGCUUUCACUAUCGGAAUCGGAGGUCCCGUUGGCACUGGAAAAACAGCAUUGAUGCUUGCACUUUGCCAGUUCUUGCGGGAUAAAUACAGUCUUGCUGCUGUAACAAAUGAUAUAUUCACCAAGGAGGAUGGAGAAUUUUUAGUGAAGAAUGGAGCACUUCCUGAGGAAAGGAUUCGGGCUGUUGAAACUGGAGGGUGUCCACAUGCUGCUAUACGUGAAGAUAUAAGUAUUAAUCUAGGCCCUUUGGAAGAGCUAUCUAAUUUGUACAAGGCAGACAUACUUCUGUGUGAAUCUGGAGGAGAUAACUUGGCUGCUAAUUUUAGCAGAGAAUUAGCGGACUAUAUAAUUUACAUCAUCGAUGUUUCUGGCGGUGAUAAAAUACCUAGAAAAGGUGGUCCAGGAAUCACUCAAGCAGAUCUUUUGGUAAUUAACAAGACAGACAUAGCACAAGCAGUUGGAGCUGACUUGGGAAUUAUGGAAAGGGAUGCAUUACGUAUGCGAGAUGGAGGGCCAUUGGUUUUUGCUCAGGUGAAGCAUGGAAUUGGCGUCAAAGAAAUUGUGGACCAUAUACUGCAAGCAUGGGAAGCAGCUACUGGUAAUCCGCAUCGCUGAUUCUGUUAUAUGAUGUUGAACUUAGCGUUUGCAGCUCUGGAUACAUUGCUUAAUAAAUGUUGUGGAUGUAAUGAGUUGCUUUGAACCAGACGACCUUUGGACCCUUAUUGUUUUAGUUUCCAUCCUCCUAUUAUAUGCUCUGAGAACUUGAUUGGAGUUCAUAAAGAUCCAAUAGUUUUAUCA